GGAGAUGUGUGAUGAGAAGAUCUGAGAUGAGGGUAACUCACCUCCGCUCACUGACAGGUCAGAUGACAGUAUUAUUGAUGCAAACAAAGGGAGGCAGAUGCUGCCUUUACCCCGGGCGGCAGGGAUCAAACUAUGCUUGGCCGUGAGAGACGAACUUGGAAGCAGUGCCCAGCCGUGCCAUUCCAACAAUAGCCAGCUGAUGGCAAUGAUGUGAGUGGCAUGGAUAAUGACUGCAAACAAUGGGCACAAGUAUUGUGGAAUUACCUUCGACUGGGUCAACCUCUUGUAAAGAGUGACGUAAUAAUAGGUCUGGGGUGUCAUGACAUUCGGGUGGCUGAAAAAGCUGCAACUCUUUACCUGGAAAAUUGGGCUCCGUGGAUACUAUUUACUGGCUACCUAGGAAACCAUACUGUAGGAGUGUGGCAUCAAUCAGAGGCAGAUGUUUUUGCUGAAACUGCCACUAAAUUAGGUGUGCCAGCUGACAAGAUCAUACUGGAGAAAAAAGCCACUAAUACGGGCGAGAAUAUAAGGUUUGCAUAUCAAACUCUGAAGGACAACAACAUUCCAGCAAAGAGGAUUAUUCUAGUUCAACAGCCUUUUAUGGAACGUCGGGUUUAUGCUACCUACCUUAGACAGUGGCCAGAAGAUAAAGAAAAUGUACAGGCCAUAGUCACUUCACCAAUGAUGGAAAUGGAUGAAUACCCAAACAGUCACGUGGGUAAUAUGGACAACUUGAUUGGGUACAUGUUAGCUGUUCUGGAACGAAUUCGAGAUUACCCAAAGAAGGGUUUUCAAGUGGAGCAAGAAAUCUUCCCUGAGGUUUAUGAUGCCCAACGGAAGCUACUGCAAGCUGGUUACCAACCAAAAUAAACUGACUGAAUACCAGAAAAAAAAGAUGGUAUCGCUUUAACUUUUAUAAUUGAAAGGACUUUGCAACUUUCCACCACUGUAUUUUUUGCAAAAUUGAUUUUUUUACUGAAAUAAUAAUCUUUAAAGGAAGAUAUGAGAUUUUAAGUAAAUGAUCAAAAACUAUUUAACUAUAUUAAUCUAGAUUUUUGUAUUUGACUUAAAGGGAUGGAUUGCCUGGUUUCUGUAUUUGUGGAGCAUUGAGAUGGAAUCAUUAGAUUUAUUGGUUAACCUAACAUUUCACUUCUUUACUGGGCUCGUCCACCUCAUUUGUACAUGUGAGUGGAAAUGGAAAUUCUACUGCCAUUAUUUACAGCACUCAAACAAACUUGAAUCUAAAGUGUUCACAACAAAAAUUAUCCCAGUACUAAACAUAGAAUUGGGCCUGUUGUUAAGUGUCUUCUCCAGCAUCUGUCUGGCCAACGCCUUGAGAAUUGUCUGAGCCGGAAUCUAGGCCAAACAAAUAUGGAAGCUAUAGGGCCAGCAUGAAUUUGGUUUUUAGCUGGCACAUGACAAAAUGAAAAACCUUUAAAUUCUUUAAAUGCAAAAGUUUAAUUUGAACUUGGGUAUAAGUGCCAACUUGCAAGUUUCUUUUCACAGCCUAGAAUGUCCCAGAUUAAGAAGUUGUUUUGAUAUACCUGCUCAAUCAGUGGCCUUAUCUAGCGGCCAGAUUGCUCCAUAAAGCACAAAUCAUAAUUGAUCUAUAAGAGUCAGUGGUGACCAGAAAACUCUUCAAUAUUUUCACUUUCAUUAAGUUGAAAAAUGAACUAAUAGAGGCUGGUAAUAAAGACUGAGCAUGGAAGGUAGAAAAUAUUUAUGUUUUAAAAGAGAUAUUUAAGUUUAUGGGAGAUUAUUCAUAAAUAAUUAAAGAGAAAGGACUUUAUUUUAAGGUGCGUUUAUCAUAUUUAGUUUGCUACAAUGGUAAUAUUGUAGUCAUAAAUUUACCCUUGGUACUUGAGUGACACUUUUAGCAUUUUGUGAAAUCACACUGCAUCACCUGAUUUCUUCUUAAAACAGGCUGACCCUGAGAGAGCCAGGCAUUCUGAGUUUUAGGACAAGGUAUACGCUUCCUUAAGUUAGAUGCUUCAUCUAUAGAAUUCCUUUAAAGAAAUGAAGUGUCAGACAUAGUUAAGAUUUCCUUCACACAAUAAUAUGAAGUAGUUGAAUUAAUGUUCGUAGCAUUGCUCACACUUGCAUCACUUAGUGUUUAUUUAUUUCCUUUUUUCUGCUGGAGACAGUGAUUCUGACAAACAGACACACACAAUGAUGCCAUCAGAUCUAUAGGAACCACUCCAAGCAGUGAGACCAAAUUUAAGAAGGGCAAUCCUCUGAUUUGUUACUUGGGCGUUUCACUUCACUGCCAACCAUUUUUAAGUGAUCAAAAUGACAUUUUCUACACAAGGAUGUGGAGUGUGUAGAAAGAAGAGUUGAAGCAGCACAAAUGUUAUAACUAUUAUGUUCAUAAGAUUAUUAUUUUUAGAGACACUGUUUAAAUUUAAGGUAAAUACAAGUAGUCAUGUGACCUGUUUUGAAGUUGGCCUGACUAUAUUCCUGGCUUGUUUGAUUGUUAGAGAUCAAAGGGAGGCUUGGGUUGUUUUACUGAAAGAAAGGUGAAAGGAAACAAAUGACAGCUUAUAAACAAUGGCAGUUACCUCUGAAUAGACCAUGAGUUGACUUUGAAUCUCCCAAAGUUCCAAAAAAGUAUUAUUUUUGAGGACAGUAAAUAUCUGUAUUGUAAAUCUGAGGUAGGUGAAUUUUUGUUAAGCAAACGUAUGAAGGGAUAUUAGCCAAAGGCAGGUAUAUGAUGUUAGGCCACAGGUCAGCCAUGAUCUCAUUGAAUGGUGGAACAGGCUCCGGGACUGAAUAGAUUACUCCUGUUCCUACGUUCCUAUCUUCCUAAAUAGCUAAUUUACUUCUAAGAUGAAGUGGAGUUGGUCCCAGAGAUCUAAUUAGCAAUUUUACCCCAAUGCAAGGCUAAUGUGUUUCACAUUUUUAAGUGGUCCCAUUCCCCCUUACAAUAGCUUAUAAACAACUAAUUUGCACAAAUAUGGGAUUUGUUACAAUCAGAAACUAGUCAUUUAUUGAAAUAAACCUCCUGAUGCUCUGAUACAAAAUGCCUAAGUUGGUCUAAACCUCAAUCGGUUUGUCUGAUUGAACAUCCUCUGCUAUUAACUUCACCUCCCAUCCAAAGCACACACUGUCACCCCGACUUAUUUAAAAAAAUUGACUGAAAAACCAUAGGAAAAACCUUAUAUUUCUUCCCCAGACUUUACUCAAUUCAGAUGCAAACCUCCUGGAUUUGGUUGGUAUCCUCAAAUUACAUUAACUUCUCAGCUCCAAUACCCCUCAGCUUUGUCUGAUAACCUCCAUGGACUUGGUCCUUCAAGUGAGAACUGUAGGUCUGUGAGUUAAAUUGAUCAUUUAUGAACAUCCUUCCAACUGCAGACCUCCCAACCAAGGUCACUGUGAUUUGGCUAGGACACUUACAAUCCCCAGUAUGGCUGGUCAGUUCUGCCUGAGUAAGGCUGACCAAUUCUAAUCCUUCUUCUGCCUGCAUUUUGACCUAACUUUAUCUUCUUUUGCGGUGAUUCAUAUUAAAUGACCACAUCAAACAUUUUCAUGUUGUUCAGGAUGUCUGAUAGCUAAUGCUACUUAGAGUAUUUCACUCCGAAUCAAAAGAAUAUAAUCAGUGAAACAAUCCAGCUCUCUUCCAUGGAAGACCCAGGUCAGGCAUCAUAAUCUGUUCACAAUGGUCUAAAUAUCUCUCCUGCUAUCUGGAGCUGACAUGGCAACAGCACUUGGCUCCAAAUUGGACAAAUGUUUGAAUGAUCCAUUGGCCUUCCCAAUGAGAACGCAUCAUAGUAACAAUAGCCAGAGUGUCAUGGAGAUGUACAGCAUAGAAACAGACCUUUGGUCUAACUCGUCUAUGCCGACCAGAUAUCCUAAAUAAA